CCCUCCCGAAACGUCCGUCCCAGCACAACGUCUCAGCGAUCCUCACGAUGCUCCCAGAAUUGUGAGGGAACACCAAGUACAUUUCAACUGUUUGUGGCUGCAGUGGAUGGGACAAUGAAGGGGAUCGGACAAGGCCCUGAUGGCAGUGAGCUUAGAAAUACCUAAAAUGAUCAUACUUUGUGUAAGCAAGUGGGAGGAAGGAAAGGAGGACUAAAAAUCUUUCAU